UGUCCCUCCCGUUCUUCUGGUGGACCCUCAGAUGUACCAGCUAUCCGAGCUUCGUGCCGAGUGGCUAAAAGCCCCCACGGCUCGGCAACUGGCUGCCCGAACAGGGACGGACACCAGCGGGUCCAGUCCUUGACCGUCUCCUGGAGAUUGCCUGCUCUGUGACCAGCCUUCUCCAGGACUGCAAGCGGCGUUCGGGACCAGUUCCAGGGACAGUCGCCCUUUCAGUUCGGAAGGCUUCUGUCUCCUGGGUUCUGCUGAUAACCGACGGACCUUCGAGCUGCGCGGCAGCAGCAACGCCCUCGGACCAGCAGAAGUUCCACCAGACCCCUCUUCGAUGUCCCCGUUUUAUGCCUGUGUCCUUCAGAGUCCCCCAUGAUUUAAGGUAUAUUGCUAAGGCACUGUUUUCUCCCACCGAAUGCGACCUCUGGGAGAUUCAUUGGAAAAAACUGUUGAAACCACUCCUGCGCAAGUAUGAUCUCGCAGAGGUGGUGGGAGAGGGGGACGAGGCAAUGGAAGCCCUUGCUGGAGAAGGGGAGUUCAGCAGUCCGGAGGACCAAAUUCUACUAGCACAGGAGCUGCUUCAGGACAUAGCAGCAGCGGGAAAGGAGGCACUCCUGAAGAUACCGGAUGCGACAAGGGUACCAGCCAGCGGGAAACUGGCGGCGAAGCGCGAGGAAGGGCCGCGCGACGACACCAAGUGGCCCUUCUCAGCAUCCCAGCCUCCCGACCAUCAGGGAGGACAAGUGGCCGCGCGGCCAAGUCCAGCAGUUCAGCGCAGCCACGAGGACGGACUCCGCCUCUUCCGCCGGACAGGUACCCUAAAUCAGGGCAAUCGUCAGGUCCUCCGCAGCAGCGUCACCAUCUCUCUCCAGGAUGAGGACCUGACGAGAAUUCCUGCUGGGUUCCUGGGCCCCCUUCACGACUGUCGGGACACCACCGUGCUCAUCUUAGAAGACUCCUUCAACACACCAAAUGAAAUCACCAUCUUACCUGAGGUAGUGUGUUUUCCACCAGGAGAGGAGAUCACCGUCUCCGUCAUUUGUAACCACCCGCCAUUUACUUUAAGGAAAGGCGAUCCUUUUGCUUUGCUUUACGUACUGGACACCCACGAUGACCCGGACACAGAGAGACAUGUUUUCUUCACCCAAAAUGUAUGUAAAGAAAGACCAUUAAUUGAUGCCAAACUUUCUUUCCAGGGAAAGUCGGUGCAGAUGCGGCUCAUGGCAGACACAGGAGCUGACGUGACCAUCAUCCCCCAGACUUUUGUAGCGCAGAUUUUAUCACCUGUGCACCGGCUUUUCCCUGAGGCCAUCAUCCUGCAUUACAUGGAUGAUGUGCUAGUUUGUGCUUCCGACUCGACAUACCUAAAGGCAACACUGGACAAGACUAUUAAGGCUAUCAAAGCUGCAGGGCUCCAGAUAGCAGAAGAGAAGAUCCAAUUCUCAGCACCAUGGAGGUACCUCGGAUUCCUCAUCACGGGAAGGACAGUGACGCCACAGACCCUGACCAUCAACGAGGAUCCGAAGACUCUGCGAGACCUUCAGCAGCUGUGCGGAACGAUCGCCUGGAUCCGCCCCCUCCUGGGACUGACGACUGAGGAGCUGUCACCUCUCUUCUGUCUGCUUCGAGGCGACGGAGACCUCGCCUCACCACGCGAGCUGACACCUGCCGCGCGGGAAGCCCUGCAACGGGUUGCUGUUGCUCUGAAGUCUCGCCAGGCACACCGCGUGGUCCGGACCCUUCCCGUGAACUUCGCGGUGUUGGACGCUGAGGAUGACUGCCGCCUUGAGGACACCUCUGAAACAUCUGAUGCUCCUGAUCGUCAUCAUCUGGCUGUCACCGGUCAGGCGCUGGAUAGUCCCACAGCCGAGAGAAAACAUAUGGGUCACGCUGGCGAAGUCCGUGAAGCAGGACAACUUCUGUAUGGCCAUGGGAAGUGUGGACAAUCCGUUAUCCACGUGCCUGGUAGGAGUCCCCCUGUCGCCAAACGACUAUCCAUAUGCAGGAAAAAAACCUAAUCCUGUGGACACCUGGGAUGAGUGGACGAGGAUUCUGCCACAUGCACCACAGGAGCCCCAAGAAUUGGACCUAUUGGGCUCCUCU